UGAACACUCGCCCCGCCCCUCCCACUCCGAGAGAGAAAGGGACUUGAAACCCAACAACAUAUUUCAUGACGAACCAGCUAGCGUUCUUCUGUCUAAAAUCAUCUCCUGUUGCUGCCUUUACACCAGUAUGUAACCCGGGGCUCUGUGUCCGGCGGUAGUUUCCUCUUCCACGGCCCACUUCCUUGAGCUCUACCUUGUUAAAAAUCCAGGCCAGAGAACACAAUGGAUGUAUGACCAGCUCAGUCACAGAGAGAGGAGAAAGCAAGAAAGGGGCUUCCUAUAACUUGUACCAGCCCAGGAGCAGGAGCCUGAGGAAGGAGAGCCGGCAAGCAUACAAGUCGUGUCAUGAUGUUGGAGGCACAGGAGACAGGAGCUCCAGGCACAGAGGGAAACAAGCCAGAGGUCCCAGCAGUACACAUGUCCAGUAUUAUCCAACAGGUAGAAGGUGGAUCAUCUGUCUCUUCGCCUGCGGCCUCCAUACAACCUCCUGCCACCACGGCAACGGAGGAUGAGGAUGAGAGCGAAGAUGAGUUUGACAUUCUGGAGGAGAGUCCCUGUGGUCGUUGGCAGAAACGCAGAGAGGAGGUGAAUCAGCGUAAUGUCCCAGGGAUAGAUGAUGCAUACUUGGCCAUGGACACAGAGGAAGGGGUAGAGGUAGUAUGGAAUGAAGUCAUGAUCUCAGAGAGGAAGAACUUCAAACUGCUUGAGGAGAAGGUGAAAGCAGUAUUUGAUAACCUGAUACAUUUGGAACAUGCAAAUAUUGUCAAGUUUCACAAGUACUGGGCCGACACAAAAGAGAACCGGGCGAGGGUGAUUUUCAUCACUGAAUAUAUGUCAUCAGGAAGCUUGAAACAGUUUCUAAAGAAGACAAAGAAGAAUCAUAAAACCAUGAAUGAAAAGGCUUGGAAGAGAUGGUGCACACAGAUCCUGUCAGCUCUCAGUUAUCUCCACUCAUGUGACCCUCCCAUCAUCCAUGGCAACCUGACCUGUGACACCAUCUUCAUCCAACACAACGGGCUCAUCAAGAUUGGAUCAGUUGCCCCGGACACCAUCAACAACCACGUGAAGACGUGUUACGAGGAACAGAAGAACUUGCACUUCUUUGCCCCAGAAUAUGGAGCUGUUGAUGAUGUCACCACGGCUGUAGACAUCUACUCGUUUGGCAUGUGUGCCUUAGAGAUGGCUCUCUUGGAAAUCCAGGGGAAUGGAGAGUCCUCUUUAGUUUCUCAGGAGGCCAUCAACAAUGCCAUACAGUCACUGGAGGACCCACUGCAGAGGGAGUUAAUCCAGAAGUGCCUCGAGUGUGAUCCCUGCACAAGGCCUACAGCCCGAGAGCUGCUGUUCAACCAAGCUCUGUUUGAAGUACCGCUGCUAAAACUGCUGGCUGCACAUUGUAUUGUCAGCCACCACCACAUGAUUCCUGAGAAUGCCCUCGAGGAGAUUAUGAAGAACCUGGACCCUGACCUGGUCGUGGCUGAGAGGAACGAGGAUUUUCAGCUCAAACUUUCACAGUUUCCUGCCUUGGAGCUUGAUAAAUUCCUGGAGGAUGUGAGGAACGGUAUUUAUCCAAUGAUAGCGUUCGGGCUGCCCUGUCCUCAGCAGCCUCAACGGGAGACUAUUAAAUCUCCAAUCGUUGUCCCCUUGGUCAAAUCCCCCACGCCCGAACCUGCAGAGCUCGAGACACGACGGGUCAUUCAUAUGCAGUGUAACGUUGAGUCUGUCGAGGAGGGAGCAAAGUAUCAUCUGACAUUACUGCUGAAACUGGAGGAUAAACUGAAUAGACAUCUAAGUUGUGACAUGUUACCUCAUGAGAAUGUUCAAGAGAUGGCUGAAGAGUUGGUUCAGCACGGCUUAAUCAGUGAGGUGGACCAAAACAAAAUAGCCUCUCUACUAGAAGAAUCAUUCAGCAAGCUCUCCACUAGCAACCGUUUCCUCAACUAUGUUACUGUCUCAUAAGUACACUCUCU